AUUUUGCUUGAUCGUUCGCAUUUGGAGUACGUAUUAAACAAAUAAUUAAAUUUUAUUAUUAAAGAAGACUUAGUCCUCAAGGUGAAGAGAUGUCAAUACAUAAAGCGAAUCCUCUUAAUGAAGAAAGACGGGUGAUAGGUGAGGGAUUUUUAAAAAAAAUUACACAAACAUAACCUUGCUUUAUAGAUGUCGGUCGAUUUCUUGAGUCCACGCGUCAUGAAUUAUAAAACAAUUUUGUUUCGAAGUAUCUGUAUAAUUUCGUUAUGAGUUAAGUGGGUUGUUAUAAGGGGUUAUCGCGGGUCCAAUUAAGUCUUAAUUAAUUGAUGUUUGCAUUUGUUUAACGCGAAUAUUCAAAACAUUUGCUCGUUUUUGUAAACGCGCGACCUCAGUCAUGCGGUGCUGUUUACAGCUUUGGCAAAGAAGGGCAAGUUAUUGUUGCCAGAUUUUGCUGUUUUUACUUCGUUUAUUUUGCCAUAAUUAUCUUUUUCGUAGUAAGAAUACCAUUGUAAGAAGAGCUAUAGAGAAGCUUUAGAAACAUUGGUUAAAAACCAUUAAAAAUCCUUGUUUUGUUUGAUAAACAGAAGGCUUAUAGCAGUGGCGCAGAUCAUUCUUUGGGUGUAAUAUUUCUUUCUAGCAAUUGCCGUGAUUUGUUUAGACAAACGAUUGAGAAUUAGCAGUAAAUAAAUACUAAAAGGUCAAGUGAUUUAUAAAGGAAAAUAAACUUGGUUUUAUUUUUAAAUAACAGAAAAGUAUAGCGUACCACGUGCAUUCCAUAUUCGGACGCACUGGAAUUUCAUGGUGUUUGGCAAAAAGUGAUUUCACAAGAGAAAACAAACCGCAAAUACAAGAUAUAUCGAGGGCAAAAUACUAUGUGGUUAUUAUAAAAAGGAAAUUAAACAUUGAAUGGUUUUAAGACACACACCCUUCCUCUCAAGGACAAAACAUUUGGACUGGUCAUCAACAUUCCUGCCAAAUAUUUUACCAUCAGCCAGAGUUAGGAUUGGGUUAUUAACAAUUAUUGGAUGAGGCUGAGCAGGAUAUCCAGAAUUAUUUAGACCAAAGUCAAUGUCAGCAGAUAACAUUGACCGAGGUCUGAAUAAUUCUGGUAUCCUGCGCAAGCCGAAUUCAAUAAUUGUUUUAUUAUUCAUUUUGUGACAGAAAUAAAACAAAACAAGCAACAAUUGAAAACAAAUAAAUAUUCAUUGAAUUGAUUCGUAAAUUCAACUAAAAAUUUCCCGCCAAUUUGUAUUUUCACAUAAAAUACCGCUGAAAUACCUUGGGCGCUGUCCAACAACCUCUGCAGAUUACUGUUUCUGCUGGAAAUAGCGCAGGCACCUACAAAUACCCAAAAUUAUUUGUAGGCUCUUAGCCAAUGAAAAACCGAGAACACAGUACAAUGAAUAAUAAUCAUCAGAAUAAGAUCUCUGGGUUAGGAUUUUGAAAGGAUUAAGCUCAGGGGCAAACCAUAAUUAGAAAUUGGAUUGGGGGGCCAGUGCAAACUCCGGUUAUUUUAGAUUUGGGUCCGGCAGUCGAAACUCCGGCUUCUGCUCCGGCAAGGAAAUUUUAAGGAAAUUUCAUAUUUAAAAGUAGAAGCAGGCGAAAGUUUUUCAGUGUAAUUUCAGAAUUUAUUUUAUUCCUUUUUGAGCUUUCUCCUUUACUUAUCAAAUAUACAUGCUUCAGUCUUGUUUAAUUAAACAACGUUUUGUAGAAGGUAAAACCGCAUGGCAGCAUGGUAUUUUCGCCCAAAAUACAUUGGAGUCAGCGGAUUUUUGUAUCAAAAGCAAUAGCAAUGCGCUUGCAGAAUUUUCAAAGCCUCGGAUUGGAGCAAGUAAUUAAACUUUAUAGUAACUUCAAAUCAUUCAAUUGAAAUAUGAAAUAAUUUUCUGCCGGAGUUUUCCAACUCCGGCAAAAUAUGCUGGAGUUCCGGCGCACAGCUCUAUGGGGAGCUGGGGGGGUGCUGAUGAAAGAGGAAAUAAAAGAAAAUACCUUUAAAAAAAUGCCAGCACAAGCUGCAGAUGUCCAGCCAAGCUGAAGAUCCUCCCCCAAUCAUUUGUCUAAUGGUCUUCCCCUUAGAGUUAGGAUUAGCAUUAGGAAUAGUAACUGUCAAUUAUAUUGUUGGUAGAUUUUUGGUAGAUGGAAUUUUGUGUGAAAGAUUUAUAUACAAUUUUAGGAACAGCAGCAGCGAGAAAUGCGAUUCAAUGUAGAAAUUUUACCAUCUUUUUAGAUAAUCUAAUAGCAAGCAGUCAAAACUUAAUGGGUAGCAAUGAAGGAGUACAGCAGUAUCCACCAUCAUCGGACUACCAAAUGGCACCAGGAAAAACAAAGAUAACAAUGAAAUCAAGGCGUGGCAGAACAUCGUUUACCCAAGCUCAACUUUCUGACCUGGAGGCUGCUUUUUCCAAUACACACUAUCCUGAUUUUCAGACAAGAAAGGAAUUGUCAAACCGUUUAAAAAUUCCUGACGAUCGAAUACAGGUUAGCUAAAUAAUAGAGCUCCUAUCUUCAUAGUAUUUUUCCAAUAAACGGCCAUGCUUUGCAUCUGAACUACACACCAAUCAUAGCUGCUACAUUUUAUCAGCCAUUACAAAAUAAUGCAUCUAUAACAGGUUAUUACUAACUACAUUUAUAUUUUAGUUUAUUUUUGUGCAUGCUAAAUCAAAAAUUUAUCAUAGGGUGUGAAGUGAACAAAGUGUAGACAGAGAUAAGUGGGAUUGAAAGGUUGGAUAGUUAUUAAGUGGUUUGGGCACAGUUGACCUGGGGCAGGUGGGGACAUGCCCAAAGCACCGGCCUACAAACCUUAUAUCCACAUACCUACCGAAAUAAUCAAACAAGGUUGAAUAAAUUCUUAUUUUAUACCAUUACCUAGGUUUGGUUCCAGAAUCGAAGAGCAAAGUAUAGAAAGACGCAACGUCAGAUGUUCAAUGGUUACCAUGGGAGCCAUGGUGUGGCUGCACAGAACACUGCGACAAUGAUGUUGGUUCAUCCUGGCAACCAAGAACAUCAUGGAAGACAACCAGCAGGACAAUCACAUGAUGGUACCAUGGGAAGACCAUCACCCGUACAACACACAACUGCCGCAGUAAAGGAAGAGGCAACAGGUUUGUUUUAUUAACUAAAGAUUUCAUGAGCCAGGAGGUACACCCUCCUCGUCAAUAGUCAUCACCCCAAUGAAUGGACACAUGAUAUUUACCAAUCCCCCCCCUUAGAAAUAAAUACAUACAUGCUUGCCAAAACACUGAUCACUUUUAUUUUGGAAAACUAAUCAGAAAAGAUGUUCAUACUGUAUUAAAUAGCCACUUGCCCCCUACACCAAAUUUUUCUUUUAUAGACCUUUCUGUAGUAUUUAUUCAGAAACUGAAAUAAGAUUUCAGGCUCUGUUUAGUUAGCUUUGCCAAAAAUUAUGAAAGCCUGGAGACAUUUAAAUUAUGGGCAAUGCAUUGUAACUUGUGUGUCGUUAAUUGUUGACCAUAGACUGGAGUGUCGAAACAGUACAUUGGGUCUUGAUUACAAUUCGACUGGGCUUUGUAAUCAUUUAUUUAAUUAAAUCAAAGUAGCGAGCGAAACAUGAUUGAUAUACCUGGUUGCAGUGAACGAACAAACUUUAAAUAAAUAUUAUGUAUUUUUAUAGACACAUAGUGGGAAUUUUUACACUGAAAACAAGCAAUAUUUUUGUGUAAUUAAUGUUUCCAUUUUUAGACUUCAAUGAUGCAUCUUUGGCACUUAAUUUGAUAGGCAGUUCUUCAGGAGAAAGCAAGCCACAACACCACCUAACCAAACAAGAUCAGCUUGUGAAUAUUUACGAGAAGUUGACAACACCUCAUACAACACAAGGGCUCGUUUCUGAGAACCAGAAGACAGCUCCAUCACUUUAUUCAUUGAGCGCUACAAUAACAUCAUCAGGACAAUAUAUCAUACUAGGAGAUAACUCUCAUUCAACCAUGCCCUCCAAUUACCCAGCACAAGUCCCAACAACCUCUGGAAAAUACUAGUCAUUGGACAACUUAGAAACAACUCUAGGUACAUAAAAAGGAACGUGUUUUGAUCAGUUAAAUAUAAUAUAUGCUUUGGGUGAAUUGCAAUACAUGCGUUUUUCGAUCACCAGCUAGUAAUUUACAUAUGUUGGGAUACACAUGACAAAUAUUUGUGUAGCUUGUAUUGCACAGUCUGUCCUAAAUCUGUUUUGUACACUAUAAACUUUAAUUCUACUGUAAAUAGUGUUUGAUAAUUUUGUUGGGUUUUCAUGUUUUGUCUAGUUAUAUAAAUUCAAGAAUGUUAAUAACAAGACACAGAGUGCUUACAACUGCCAUAAUGUGCUAUAUUAUAUGCACUUCAAAUUAUGCAACAAAUAAAUAUUUUAUGUAGUUUUAUCUCCUAAAUAUUUCUCUACAUAUAUUUCCUCUAGCUUGCGUAACCUUUCAGAUAGCUUUGGAUGCGCCCAAUCUUUUAAAUCGUUUCCUUCAAUGGAAUACAAGUUUUUCCCAUCUUGCCUGUUCAAUCCUCUUAACGUUUCGUUCACUUUCAUCCUUUUCAUAGUUGCAUUUAUUCCACCUUUUACAUAUGUUACACCAAGCAUUGCAGCAUUUUGAUCUGCUGCAAAUUCUCGAUUGUGGUGUAAUGUUGUAUUUUGUCGACUGAAUAUCCAAUAGCUUGACAGCCAAAGAGAGCCCUGUACUGCAAUUUUGAGUAAACUAUUGGGAGGCAGGUUAGCUAGAAUAAUCGGUAUUGCUCUAUAUGUGAAAUACAACCACCAAGCUGGCAAGAAACAAUUUGUGGUAAAAUCCAAGUUCUGCAAAUGACUUACUUCGUGAGCUAAGAUAAACUUCAACUCUUCGUCAUUAAACAACAACGCUUUACUUAAUUUCUUACCAGCUUUGCUGUCCAAGUUUAAUUUUUUCCCCUUGAAUACAAGCCCUGAUUCUGAAAGUUGUUCAAGGUCUGUGUAUAAAUAAAGACGUGAUAUACCGAUAGCGGCACCUCCAGGCAGCCAGGUUGAACCAACAGAAACGCUACUACAACCAUUAUUUAUAAAAAGUUUUACCUUCUCAGAAUGGGAUAAAUUCAUCUUCUUUGCAACCUCUUCAAAAGCUUGUUCGAUAUGACAAGGUAUGUCGACAUUUUUAAAGCCUUGGUGGUUGACAACAAAAUUUGGAUACAGAUUUGGCACAGAAUGGACGAGUACAAGAACAGUAGACGUAGCUGCAACAAUGCCAUGAACCAAUUUUGACCGAGACAUUAAUUCUUUUCACAAAAAUUCAGUUUUCUUCAUUGAUAAAUAAUACUGUAAAUAUUAAGGUUAGCACUAUUUUCCAUCCAGCAAAUUGACAGACGUCAUUUUCG